UACUAAACCGAUGAGUUUAUUAGGCGCUUAAACGCCAGGAGAUGGCCAAGUAUAAAAACCACGCGGCGCUCCAGAGGUCAAGCAGCAAGGUUUUCCAAGCUCUCCAAGCCUUUCUUCUCUUCCUUCCAAGCUCGCCAUUUCGAUAGAUCGAUCGAGCAUCUCGCCAUUUCGAUUCUAGCUGCGAGGAUUUGAUAGAUCGAGCAUCCUCUUCCUCUAGCAUUUCUCUUCUCGAGCUCGAAAAUGGCGUCCACGCUUCUCGCAGCACUUGCAUUCCUCUCCCUCUUCGCUAUGGCCGCUCAAUCCAAGCUCCUCGAGACGCCGCCGCUCGUCCUCGACUACCACAACGGCCCCGUUCUCUCCGGCCCGGAGCCGAUCAAGAUCUACCUCGUCCUCUACGGCCGCUUCUCCAAGAGCGACAAAGCCACCAUCACCGAUUUCCUCUCGAGCUUCUCUCCGGCGGCGGCCAAGAGCUCCUCCACCGUCGCCAAAUGGUGGUCGCUCACGCAGAAGUACACCGACUCCAAAGGCCAGGGAGUCGCGCAGAGCCUCGUCCUGGCCAAGCAAGCCACCGAUCGCAAGUACUCGCUCGGCAAAUCCCUCAAGAAGUCGGACAUCGCCACCCUGGUCGCGAGCUCCAUCCGCUCAAAGGCCUUCCCGUCCGACCCCCGCAGCAUCUAUCUCGUCCUCACCGCCGCCGACGUGAGCGUCCAAGGCUUCUGCCAAAACACCUGCGGCGAGCACCUCUACACUUUCCCCGGCUCCUCCACCGGCGGCGCAAUGCUUCCAUACGCCUGGGUUGGCAACUCCGAGACGCAGUGCCCGGGAUUCUGCGCCUGGCCAUACGCCAAGCCGCAGUUCGGCCCCCAGGAGGUUCUCACCGCUCCAAACGGCGUCGGGGUGGACGGGAUGAUCAUCACCAUCGCCAAAGUUCUCGCUGGAGCCGCCACCAAUCCGUUUGGAACCGCGUACUACCAGGGCGAGCAGACGUUUGCGCUCGAGGCGGCGGGAGCUUGCUCCAGCAGCUAUGGGCCGGGGUCGUAUCCUGGCUAUCCCGGGCAGCUCUCCGUGGAUCCCAGCUCCAAGGCGAGCUACAAUGUGGAGGGCGUGAACCGGCGGAAGUUCUUGGUGCCAUGGAUAUGGAACCCCGCGACUCUCUCUUGCGCUGGACAGCCAUGAUCUUCUUCACUGCGAUCUUCAUCGUGUAAGAUAUUCAAGAGAGUUUAGGGGUCGACGACAGGGAAAAAGGAAAAAAAAAAAGAGAGAGAGGAGAACUUACGGGAAGUGUUGAUCAAUCACUGUACAUGCCGGAUGGAACGAACUACUUUUUGGAAAUAAUGAAGAAAAAGGAUGCUUGUCUAA